AUGGCCAAAGACGAUGAAUCUAUUGUUGCUUCUAAUAUUGCGUAUGUUGUCGUUCAAUCUCACAACAUGGCAAGAGAAAAAAUGGGGUAUAUUCGUGGCAAAGAGAAGGCACCCCCCGAGACAAAUCCCAAGUACGACAAGUGGUAUGUUGAAAACCAGAAAGUCAAGAGUUGGUUGUUGACCUCCAUGACACCAGAAAUUAUGAAGUGUUACAUCUCUCUAAAGACGACGAGUGAGAUUUGGGAUGCCCUUUCAAUGAUGUUCUUUGAUGGAACUGAUGAAAUUCGCGUGUUUGCCUUGAGUCAAAAGGCGUUUGCUAUCAAAUAG